GCCGCCUCCUCUCCCCCCGACGCCCGGAGGCGCCCCGAGCAGCCAGCUUGGUUGGGAGAGAGGGAGGGAGCUGGAGGAGAGGAGAGGAGAGGAGGAGAAGAGCGGAGAGGAGGAGGACCCCGGGAGGGAGGCGGCGGCGCGGAGAGAGGAGGGGCGCAGCCGCUCAGCCACCAGCCGCCUUCCACCGCACUUCUCUCCAGAUACUCCGAGAGCUCCAGCCGCGCGAAGCGCACCCCCACUGCUCUGCCCCCAAACUUCAGCUGCAGCUACAUUCCAAGCCAUCUAAUUUAUUCCUCAAGAAAAGAAGCUGAGCCGAGACACCAGGAAGGAGUCCGCGGAGGAGUGAAAUAACAGCAGAGCUAGAAGAGCUCCAGAGAGCAGAUUCCCCCGAGCAACAACUCGGCGUCAGGAGUGCAGAAACCAACAAGUGAGAAGGAACCGCGUUCCAGGGCGCAACCAAAGACCCGGGAGCAGGCGCCGGAGGAGGCAGCGAGCGCCUCGGAGCAUCGAGCCAGAGCCUCCUGCUCCGGAUCUCUCUGCGUGGCUGUGCCUGGUGCUGGGCAAGGGGCUUCCUUUCGCCCUUGUUGCAAGCGGCAUCUCCUAGCCGGUCCUCGGGGAAUAUGCGGCGCGCUUGGAUUCUGCUCACCUUGGGCUUGGUGGCCUGCGUGUCUGCGGAGGCGAGGGCAGAGCUGACGUCUGAUAAAGACAUGUACCUCGACAACAGCUCCAUUGAAGAUGCUUCAGGAGUGUAUCCCAUUGAUGACGAUGACUAUGCUUCUGCAUCGGGCUCGGGAGCUGAUGAGGACAUGGAGAGUCCCGAGCUGACCACAUCUCGGCCACUUCCAAAGAUCUCGUUCACUAGUGCUGCUCCAAAAGUGGAAACCACCACGCUGAAGAUGCAGAACAAGAUGCCUGCUCAGACGAAGUCACCUGAAGAAACAGAUAAGGGUGAGGUUCACCGCUAUGACUCAGGACGAAAAGUGGAGCCGGCUGAAGAGAAUACAAAUGUGCAUACUGAGAAGCACCCAGACAACCUGUUUAAAAGAACAGAAGUCCUGGCAGCUGUCAUUGCCGGUGGCGUGAUAGGCUUUCUCUUUGCCAUUUUCCUCAUCCUGCUGUUGGUGUACCGCAUGAGAAAGAAGGAUGAAGGAAGCUAUGACCUUGGAGAGCGCAAACCAUCCAGUGCUGCGUACCAGAAGGCACCUACUAAGGAGUUUUACGCGUGAAACUCCCACUUAGUGUCUCUAUUUAUGAGAUCACUGAACUUUUAAAAAUAAAGCUUUUGCAUAGAAUAA